AUGCUAGGUCUGCGUCCCAACCGUCCCUUCUUGCGCCCGCGUUCAUCCUAUCUCGACCUCAUCCAUCACCGCGACAUCGAGCAGCGCUCGCAGUUCAGACUCGGAGGCCCUGACCGCCACCAUCACCAGCCCGUGCGGGAAGAAGAGAUUGUUGUCGAGCAGAGCGAAGCCGUCGAGCUUGCAUUGCCCGAGAGUCCCGAGUUGCUCAAGUCGACUUCUGCAGAACCCAUACCGAGUCCAGCGAGGCUUGAGAACGAAGAGCAAGAAGUAACCACUUCGAACUACACACCCAAACCCACCACCAAGAUGGGCUCCACCGGCGAGGAUGAGUUCAAGGGCGGCCGCGUCUUCUCCAUCUCCGGCCCCGUCAUCAUUGCCGAGAACAUGAUCGGAUGUGCCAUGUACGAGCUGUGCAGGGUCGGCCACGAGAACCUUGUCGGCGAAGUCAUCCGCAUUGACGCCGACAAGUGCACCAUUCAAGUCUACGAGGAGACUGCCGGUGUCACUGUGGGCGACCCAGUCACGCGCACAGGCAAGCCAUUGUCCGUCGAACUUGGUCCCGGGUUGAUGGAAACAAUCUACGACGGGAUUCAGCGGCCAUUGGCGUCCAUCAGCGAGAAGAGUGGGUCCAUCUACAUUCCCAGGGGUGUUGACGUGCCGGCCUUGGACCGCGAGAGGAAGUGGGACUUCACGCCCAGCGACAAGUUCAAGGAGGGCGACCACAUCACGGGCGGCGACAGCUUUGGCAGUGUCUACGAGAACAGCUUGGUGACCGAGCACAAGAUCCUUCUCCCGCCGAGAGCUCGUGGCACCAUCACCCGCAUGCCAAAGAAGGGCAGCUACACUGUGGACGAGAAGAUCUUGGAGGUCGAAUUCGAUGGGCAGAAGACGGAGUACAGCAUGGUUCAUCCAUGGCCGGUGCGUGUGCCUCGUCCUGUGGCGGACAAGGAGAGCUCGAACGAACCUUUCAUCGUCGGGCAGAGAGUCUUGGAUUCGCUCUUCCCUGGUGUACAGGGUGGAACUGUGUGUAUUCCAGGCGCUUUCGGUUGCGGCAAGACGGUGAUCAGUCAGAGUGUCAGCAAGUUCUCCAACUCGGACAUCAUCGUCUACGUGGGCUGUGGCGAGCGAGGCAACGAAAUGGCUGAGGUGUUGAUGGACUUCCCAGAGCUCACCAUCGAAGUCGAGGGCCGCAAGGAGGCCAUCAUGAAGCGUACCUGCCUGAUCGCCAACACAUCCAACAUGCCUGUGGCUGCCCGUGAGGCUUCCAUCUACACGGGAAUUACAGUGGCCGAAUACUUCCGCGAUCAAGGCAAGGCUGUGGCCAUGAUGGCUGACUCGACCUCACGAUGGGCCGAAGCUCUUCGUGAAAUCUCUGGUCGCCUGGGAGAGAUGCCGGCAGAUCAGGGUUUCCCAGCCUACUUGGGAGCCAAGUUGGCAUCCUUCUACGAGCGUGCAGGCCGUGUCAUCUGUCUUGGCUCGCCGGACCGCAAAGGAGCUGUGAGCAUUGUCGGCGCCGUGUCCCCACCAGGCGGUGACUUCUCCGAUCCAGUCACCAGCAGUACGCUCGGUAUCGUGCAGGUGUUCUGGGGUCUCGACAAGAAGCUGGCCCAGCGGAAGCACUUCCCGUCCAUCAACACCUCCGCCUCGUACAGCAAGUACACCACCACCCUCGAAUCGUACUACGCCAAGGAGAACCCAGAGUUCCCGCGGCUCCGCGACCGCAUCAAGGAGCUGCUGUCCAACAGCGAAGAACUCGAUCAGGUGGUGCAGCUUGUCGGCAAGUCUGCGCUUGGUGAUGGCGACAAGAUCACGCUCGAUGUCGCCACUUUGAUCAAGGAGGACUUCCUGCAGCAGAAUGGAUACUCUGACUACGACCAGUUCUGCCCGCUCUGGAAGACGUUCUGGAUGAUGAAGCUGAUGAUGGGCUUCCACGACGAGGCGCAGCGGGUCAUUGGACAGGGACAGAGCUGGGCCAAGGUGAGGGAGUCGACUAGCGACAUCCAAGCUGGUCUUCGUGGGAUGAAGUUCGAGGUGCCAACGGAGGGCGAGGAGAAGAUUGGCAAGAAGUACGAGGAGCUGUUGCAGAAGAUGAAUGAGCAGUUUGCCAGCGUGUCGGAUGACUAG